AUGGCGUCAUCUACGACUCAGGUCCCCUUCCAAGACCAGUACGCCUACCGCGCGCAGAAGUCAUUCGGCAUUGUCGCGGGCAGCUCGCCUAACUUUGGUGCUGUCCAGGGUUUCCAAGCACCAGACGUCCCGUCCCGUACCUACAUCUACAGCCAAGACGGGAAGUGCUUCGCAUACGCAGUUCCGGCGAGCGUCCUUAUAUUCGCUGCGGAGAACGUUCAGCUUCUGAGAGAGCUGGAUGUGCCGAAUGCAAUUGAACUGAACUUCUCACCACUUGGAACGUUCCUUUCGACCUGGGAGCGUCAAGUUAAGCCCGAUGAAGGCGGAAUUCACAAGAAUUUGCGAGUCUGGUCGGUGGCCACGGGCGAAGAGGUGACUUCAUUCGCUCAGAAGUCGCAAGAAGGAUGGGAUGUUCAGUACACAUCGACUGAAUCUCAUGCGGUGCGCCUAGUUGGGCCUGACAUCCUCGUUUUCGAUCCGUCCAACUGGAGCAAAGGUGUCGUCAGUAAGCUCAAAAUCGAGGGGUUGACAAGCAUUGCGCUCAGUCCUGGGAAAAACCCAUCAAUUGCUGUUUUCGUUGGAGAACGCAAGGGUGCACCUGCAAGGAUAUCCAUUCACAGCCUAAUUGGUCUGAGCUCCACUCGCACAUGUCAGAAAAGCUUCUUUAAGGCUGACUCAGUGACAAUGAAAUGGAACGAUCUUGGCACUCAGGUUCUCGUCCUCACUCACACCGAUGUGGACAAGACGAACAAGAGUUAUUAUGGCGAGACGGGGCUAUACCUUUUGAGUGCUUCCGGGAACUUUGACUGUAGAGUCACCCUUGACAAGGAAGGCCCUAUACAUGACUUCGCCUGGAGCCCCAACUCAAAGGAGUUUGGUGUUAUCUAUGGCUAUAUGCCUGCCAAGGCCACGCUUUUUGAUCAGCGCGUCAAAGUGACUGCGGAAUUCGGCGCCCAUCCUUGGAAUUUCAUCUCGUUCAAUUCUCAUGGACGACUUGUUGCCCUAGCAGGAUUUGGCAAUCUUGCAGGCAAAAUCGACAUCUUCGACAGGCGGACACUGAAGAAAGAAUGCAUUAUCGAUGCCCCAAAUACAAGUCAUUGCGAGUGGAGUCCCGAUGGAAAGACAAUUUUAACUGCAACCUUAAGUCCAAGACUCAGGGUGGAUAACGGUAUCAAGAUAUGGCAUUGCACGGGUCCGUUAUUGCAUGUUCAACUAGUGGAAGAAUUAUACCAGGCAUCCUGGCGGCCAGCUCCAUCCGCUUCCGUGCCUCCGUUCCCUUCCGCUAUCCCUCCCGCCCCAGCCCCGUGCCCUAGCGUGGCCCAAAAUGCGCCGGCAAAGUCAACCCCUUCGAAACCCGCGGGAACAUACCGACCACCUGGCGCGCGCGGCCUCGCCACGCCAACAAUUUACAAACGCGAGGAUGAAGGUGGUGCCCCAAGUACACCUUCUAACGGUAUAUCCACUCCACCUCGCACUGGUACACCCGUGAAUGGUGGGAAUGGCCGUGGGCUGGCAAGACCACGAUAUGUGCCUGGUGCCCCCCCUCCUGCGCCCGCCGAGAGCGAAAGUACUGAACCGCCACGAAAGGGUCAAGGGAAAAAGAAAAAGGAUAAGGCCAAAAAAGAGGGUGGGAACAGCAGCGCGGAGAAAGGUUCCGCUGAAGCACCGACACUUGUACCACGUACUUCUGAACGUCAAACUUCCGCUGCCACGCCCACGCCCAGCCCAGUCCCAGUCCCUGCGUCUUCCGAUGCUUCCGCCCCCGCUUCUACGCCGGCAAUAGAAAACUCUGACUCUACUGCGAAGAAGAUUCGGAACCUGCAAAAGAAGCUCAAGGCGAUUGAAGAGUUGAAGAACCGUGAGGCGAUGGGGAUGCCUCUUGAGACGACGCAGAAGAGGAAGCUUGGUGCUGAGGAUGAAGUGAGAAGGGAAUUGAAGGAAUUGGGUGCAUUAUGA